CGGAGCUCUGUCUCAGUGUAACGCGCGGUCCUACGCCGGACAGACGUGUGCGGAUCGAGCGAUGUUGCCUAUUGUGUGAUUUGUUAUUGUUUGUUUUUUAAAUUUAUAUUAUGACAGUACUAUUAGAUCAGUAUAUAAUUUGCAUGGACAGUGAAACAAUAGUCGAUGGUCAUUACCUGUAUGGUGCGGGCAGCUUUCAGAUUUUUUAAACUUGGAACGAAUUUGGUGAAAUUAAACUUGGACUGUGGAAGUGAUAAAUAAUUGUAUCCCGGAAUCUUCAACAAUGUCUGCAAGAAGAAUACUCACAUUAAUCUUCGUAGCAUUCGUCUUAGUCGAAGGGAGAUGGCAUCAGAAACGAGACACCACCUCUAUUUGCGACCCGUCAUACAACAACCCCAGCAAACUCCUCUGCUACUGCGUGAAAGAUAUACGACAACAAGACCAAAUCAGAUCAGCUGACUGCUACCUCACCGCUGAAGAUGUCCAGAACACAGACCACGCCUGGGACUCCUUUGGAAUACUCAAAACUGUAUCCAAACUUACCAUUACCAACACCAGAGGAAUUUCUUUAAAAUACAUCCCCACACACGCUCUAAGACACCUCGAAGGAUUAAUACUACUUGAUAUUAAAUAUGGCAACAUUGAAACAAUACAUCCGUAUGCAUUUUCUAACCUAAGUUCUAUAGAAGAAAUAAGUCUGAGAGAUAGUCAGAUUAAAGUAUUAGAGGCCCAUGCAUUCGCCCACCAUAAGGAUUUGACUGAGAUUAAACUGGACAAAAAUAACAUAAUAGAGAUAAACCGGGAUGUAUUUAUAGACCUACCAUCGCUCGAGAGAUUGUUUUUGACUAGCAAUCAAAUAACAACGAUACACGACAAAGCUUUCGUCCAUUUGGGUAACUUGAGAGAGCUCGAAAUAAACGAGAACAAACUGUUCAGUUUGAACAGCGAGACGUUCUCUGGGUUGAAGAAGCUGUUAAAAUUGGAUCUCAGUAAUAACAAUUUGGAAGUUAUAGGAGACAAUACUUUCUUGCCGUUAAAGAAUCUACAGACGUUGAAUUUGGAAGGGAACAAGAUACAAAUGUUGGACGAAAAGGCGUUUAAGGGAUUAGUCAAGCUGUAUUCGUUGUCGUUAGCACAUAAUAAGUUGUCACAUAUAGAGAACGUGAAGACGUUCGAAGGAUUGGAUGCGUUGAAAUCGCUAAGCUUAAGAGCGAAUAAUAUUAGUGAGCUGAAGUCUGCGGUGAUGGAUCCUUUGAUGAAAAAUUUAAACGGAGCUGAUGGUCGUUUGGACAUAGAAGACAACAACUUCCCGUGCAGUUGCGAGCUCGAAUGGUUCAUGGCUCUCAUGAAUCGAACUCGAAGCAAGAACUUGAAGAUCUCCAUGGAAAACCUGAAGUGCAUGCCAGAUUCUAAACUCAGGGACAAGUGGACCAACCUUGAAGAAACGGAGAAGAACUCAGGAAUGUUUGAAGUAGAUGAAACGCAGUCUGCAGCUGAAUAUGAAUACUAUGAUGAAUCUCAGCUAAAUGGAAAGCUAUUCUACACUGAUGUAAGAGACUUAAUCUGCAAUACUGAUAAAAUUGAAAUCAUUACCAAAGCGCCCAGCCCCACCGUUGCACCUCAAAAAAUAACAACGCCUACAUUACCUACAACAAAGAAAUCUACUACAGCUGCUCAGUCUCAAAGAAAUAAACCCAUCGAAAAUAUCCCAAGUCACGGAGUUUUAGAUCUGUCGGUCGAUGAAACUACUCCUAAACCCAACACUAAAGAUGUUGUUGAAAACGAAAUAGCGCCCCAAAAGAAACCCGAUUCAUAUACAACCACUCGAUUAGUUACCGUAUCAGCUAAACCCAUUGAAAAGAAGAACGUCUAUGAAGAUAUGGCUUCAGAUGAAGCAAAACCAGACAAGCUAAAAGCCCAAAGAAGUUUACAAGAUGAAUACAAAGGUCCACAUAGCGACGGACACAAAAAUGCAGGCUGUGUAGCACUCAUUUCACUAAUAUGCUUUAGGCUAUUCCAUUAAAUGUACUAAUAGUAUUGUAGUGUAUUGUUUAAUGUAUUGGUAAUGUAAGCUAUCUCUCACAGUCAUUAAAAUAAAUAGUUGUUAAGAAA